CCGAAAAGGUAUAAUAUUUAUAAAAUACUGGCAUGAUACCAAUAUAACUAUAAUACCACUAACGAAAACGUAUAAAAAGCAUACCCCAGCUACCCUGUCAAAUCGAAAACAGGCGCCAAAACAUGCGGUUUCUCGCAGCGGAUUGCUACGGAAAAAUUCGGUUCGAGAUUUGGGAAUGGAUAUGUUGGAGGAGAAGGAGCAGGACCCGGAUUUUGAGUUUGGAGAAGGAGAUGGAAAUGGGACUGAGGCUGGGACUUUGACUGUGCGACGGCCACAUGCGCUGAUGCCGCCGCUGGAUGUUGCAGCGGUCGGUGCAGCGAAAGUGUUGCAGCUGUGGUAGAGAGUCUAUUUUUGGGGCGAUUGUGCGGCGCUGGUGCUGCCACAUGUGUUGUGUGCUGCGCUGCUAAAAGGCAUUGUAAUGAGAGCAGAAAAUAGAACCGACUCCACUUGAGCAAUGUCCCAUAAAGCGGGCUGCAGUUGGAGUCAAAAUCGGAGUUUCGAGUGUGGCGCGCAAUGUGCGGCACCAGCGAUCUGAAGGCGGAAAAAAGAAAACGGCAACCAGUAACACAUGGGCCCACGAGUUAUGUUUUAUUUUUAAUCUUUCGGAGAGUCGGUCUCCAAACAAACCGGAGAGGGCACAUAUAAAGACGUGAUAGGCAAGCGGUUCGGGACAGUCUUUGGCCGCCGCUCGACGCGCUCGAAUAUCGGAGAUACAUAUACGUCGGUGAUACAGCAGGACCCACAACAGAGCCACCAACCUCGAUGGGCGUCAUCUACAAGAUACUGAAGCAGCAACGCAGCAUGGAUCUCAGCCUGAGCUCGGCCACCAGGUGCAAGGUGCAGGCGGCCAUCAAGCAGCGCCAGCAGCAGCGCCGCCUGGAGGAUCAUCUGGUGCGGGAGCAGGAGCAGGACCAGGACCAAGAUCCGGAUCACAUCGAGAAGGACAAGGAGGAGGUGGCCGAGCAGCAACUGCAGCAGCUGUGCCGGUUUCUAGCUGAAAAUGCGGCACGAAAGAAGCGCCAACGUUUCAAGCUGCAAUACCAGUGCGAUCUGGCCGCAGAUCGGGAUCACGACCAGGAUCAGGAGCCGGAGAAGGAGCACUUUCCACCGCCGCCCCACGAGAUGGACCUGGAGUUCAUCGAGCAGCUGCACCAAUCCUCGUCUGCCACAAACACGAGUUCAGCUGGGCCGGCACCACGUGAUAGCAUCCUGCAGAAGAUUCGCCACCAGAUCUUCGAGAGAAAGCGGCAGAGGCAGCGCCAGUUGGCGGAACUGGUCCAGCAGCGACUGGUGGUGUGGCGACCGUGGUAGGGGACCUCCCAAAGGACGGAGAGAGAUCCGGGAACUGAGACUAGUCUAAGGGUUAGCUGUAAGGAUGCAUUCGGUAUUAUUCCUGCUGCUGUGUGAUGAUCGCGCUGCUCUUCCAUUUUCCCACGCCUCUGCAAACCAACUUUUUUUUUGCUGUUAACUAUAGUUUACUAAUAAAGAUUUUUUUGGACAUAAUACUUUUCUUUAAUCCAUUUACCCGUGCCAUCUAAAAUGAAAGUCUCCGUUGGCAUGCCUAUUUUUUUUUUUUUAUUGAUUUAACUUUGACAUCAAUUAAAAUUCUUUUUCGUAUGGAAUAUUUGAAUGCUGUUAAUGGUAAGUUAUGCAAUGUAUUGAAUGGCUUAUUCGAUUAAACUCCAUCUGCUUUCGUUCACGCUGCUCUGACUCUAUUUUUGGAUAUUCUUAAUUUGCCUUCGUGCUGCCUGUUCUAAUUUCCGGGUUUCUGGUGUCCUAAAUGCCUUAAGUUGCCUGACCUUUCACUUUUUUCAAUUCGCUCAACUACUUUCCUAAAUAUUAAUUUCUCUCUUGGCUUUGAGCUGAGCUCUGGAAAACGAAAACAAAAAGAUCUAAUUUCAUUCAAUGUGAUUAUUCACCUUUGUGUAGCUUCCAAAUGCAGGGAUAUUCUUUGCCUCCCGACGAGCAUGUAACUUUUUU